GACUGUUAGCUCUCUCUCUCUCUCUCUCUCUCUCUCUCUCUCUCUUCUCAUUUGUGGCCGGCUAAGCAGUUAAUCACUCUGUGUCCUCUGGGUGUGUGUGAGCUUGGAGAAAGCCAUGGCAGUGGGAAUAGUAUCAACGAGCACUGAAGGUGGGCAGUACAAUGGCAGGAUGACAUCGUUUGUUGUGUUAUCUUGCAUGAUGGCUGCCAUGGGAGGAGUCAUCUUCGGCUAUGAUAUUGGAAUUUCAGGUGGAGUGACAUCCAUGGAGCCAUUUCUGAAGAAAUUUUUCCCAAAGGUGUAUACUAAGAUGAAAGAAGACACCCAACUCAGCAACUACUGCAAAUUUGACAGCCAACUGUUGACAUCAUUCACAUCUUCACUCUAUAUUGCUGGUCUUGUUGCUUCAUUCUUUGCCUCAUGGACUACAAGUGCCUUUGGGCGUAAGCCAUCAAUCCUUGCCGGAGGAGCUGCAUUCCUCGCCGGUGCGGCACUCGGAGGUGCAGCUGUUAAUGUCUACAUGCUGAUAUUUGGCCGUGUCUUACUAGGAGUUGGGGUUGGCUUUGCAAAUCAGGCUGUUCCAUUGUACCUCUCAGAAAUGGCGCCACCAAAUUUCAGAGGAGCAAUCAACAAUGGCUUCCAACUUAGCGUUGGAAUUGGGAUUUUAAUAGCCAACCUCAUCAACUAUGGCACCGAGAAGAUAGAAGGCGGUUGGGGAUGGCGGAUUUCCCUCUCUCUAGCUGCAGUUCCAGCCGCAAUUCUCACUCUCGGCGCAAUUUUCCUGCCCGAAACACCCAACAGCCUAAUUCAGCGAAGAAACGAUCAUGACAAGGCCAAGCAGAUGCUGCAACGAAUACGAGGCACCGAAAAUGUCCAAGCAGAACUGGAUGAUCUCAUCAGAGCAAGUGAAAUUUCAAAAACCAUCAAACACCCUUUCAAGAAAAUCUUACAAAGAAAGUAUAGGCCUCAACUAGUAAUGGCAAUAGCAAUACCAUUCUUUCAACAAGUAACAGGAAUCAAUGUUAUCGCCUUCUAUGCUCCAUUACUUUUCAGGACAAUCGGGUUAGGAGAAAGUGCUUCACUCAUGUCUGCAGUGGUGACAGGGGCUGUUGGUAUAGGAACAACCUUCAUAUCAAUGCUGAUAGUCGACAAAGUCGGGAGAAGAGGAUUGUUAACAGUAGGUGGAAUUCAAAUGCUUGUAUCACAGAUGAUGGUGGGAGCAAUAUUGGCUGCUAAACUGGGUGAUCAUGGUGGUGUGAGUAGAGGGUAUGCUUUUGGGGUUUUGAUCUUGAUUUGUGCUUAUGUUGCUGGUUUUGGUCUGUCAUGGGGGCCAUUGGGAUGGUUGAUUCCAAGUGAAAUUUUUCCACUGGAAAUAAGAUCAGCAGGACAGAGUAUCACAGUGGGGGUGAAUUUUCUCUUCACUUUCAUUGUUGCUCAGACUUUUUUGGCAAUGCUCUGUCACUUCAAGUCUGGGAUUUUCUUCUUCUUUGCAGGGUGGGUGGUGGUGAUGACAGGGUUUAUCUAUAUGUUGCUUCCAGAGACUAAGAAUGUGCCAAUUGAACAGAUGGAGAGAGUCUGGAGGGAACACUGGUUUUGGAAGAGAGUUGUUGGGGAAAAGCAUGGGGUAUUGAAGUGAAUGCUAAAGUUGGAGGAGAAUGAGAUUGUGUAGAAAUGGAGUUCUGGCUCCAUCAUUGGACUGUGAAAUGGAUAAUAUCAAAAAUACCCUGUUUGUGCACCCUAAUAUAAAAAAUACCCUGAUUCAAGACAUCAAUUUGCUGUAUGUAGUCCAUGAAAUUGGAGGAAUAGAUGUCAUAAUCGGAGGUUGGAACAAAUAAACAUUUGGUUGUGAAUUCUGAUGUGACAAGCACAUAUCUGCCCAAACAAAUCAAUAGAUUGUGUAGCACACUCCCAUAAUCCAUCUUCUAUCCAGAGAAUUCCCUUCAACUAUUCAUUUGAAGGGAAAUAAUAUCCAAAAGCAUUUUUAUUGUUUUCAAUAAUCCCGAGUUGUAGCAAUGAAAUAGUAUUGUUUUGUCCCCAAGUGG